AAUUAGAUGAUGCAGUGAUUCUAAUGACAUCCAACCUGGAAAUUCUGUUGCAGCUGACAAAGGAGAAGAUCCCAAAGGAGCAUUUUCAAUGACAGAAGAAAUUCCUUCCAAGGUCAAUCGACAGGAAAGUGAGAUAGUGAUGUUUGAAAGUGGGAAAAAGAACCUAAUCACGCCCAAGAAUUUAUUUACCAACAAUAAAUCUCAAACUUCCAAAAUUUCUGUGCGAACUGUACUGAUGAAAGGAGUUCCUGGUGUUGGUAAAACUUUUCAAACAAAAAUGUUCAUGAAGGACUGGGAAAACAAAAAAUCUAACCAACACAUAAAGGCUUUAGUGACCCUUGAUUUCCCUGAGCUGAAUAGAAAGAAGGAUGAAGUAAAAAGCAUGGAAUCUCUGUUGAAUGAUUUCUUCAACAACAAAAAAGUUAAUGUCUCCAAAGACGACAAGAAAAAGAUAUGUUUCAUUCUUGAUGGUCUGGAAAAAUGCAAACUUCCUCUUGACUUUGAAAACAACAAAGAAGUUAAAGACUUGAAGGAAGAAGCAUCAAUGGAUGAGCUGCUAACAAAUUUGAUCAAAGGAAAUCUGCUUCCUGAAGCUCAUAUUUGGAUAAUUUCUCAACCAAAAGGAGUUAAGAUUCCUUCUGAAUAUAUUGACAGAACAGUUCUCUGUCAAGGAGAUGACAAGAAAGACAAAUACCUGAAGGAAGUCAUUCUUGAGGAGUGGGUCAACAGGAAAGUGACCCAAAACUCUCUGAGAUAGUGAUGUUUGAAAGUGGGAAAAAGAACCUAAUCAUGCUCAAAGAUUUAUUUACCAACAAUAAAUCUUUGAUUUCCAAAAUUCCUGGUAUGUCCAAAAAUGUGCGAACUGUACUGAUGAAAGGAGUUCCUGGUGUUGGUAAAACAUUCCAAACAAAAAUGUUCAUGAUUGACUGGGCAAAAGAAAACUCCAACAAACACAUAAAAGCUUUAGUGACCUUUGAUUUCACUGAGUUGAAUUCAAUGAAGGAUGAAGUAAAAAACAUGAAAUCUCUGCUGAAUGAUUUCUUCAGAAAGAAAAAUGCUGUUUUCAAAGAUGAGAAGAAAAAGAUAUGUUUCAUUCUUGAUGGUCUGGAAAAAUGCAAAUUUCCUCUUGACUUUGUAAACAACAAAGAAGUUAAAGACUUGAAGGAAGAAACAUCAAUGGAUGAGCUGCUAACGAAUCUGAUCAAAGGAAAUCUGCUUCCUGAAGCUCAUAUUUGGAUAAUUUCUCAACCAAAAGGAGUUGAUAAGAUUCCUCCUGAAUAUAUCAACAGAACUGUUCUCUGUCAAGAAACAUAUGAACAACAGAAGAAAUUGGAGUCACGUCUGAGAAAUAGAUUUCUGGAAGAAAUCACUGAUGAAAAAGAUGAAACCAGUCAUCCAAACCAGAAAACAACAGAACAUAUCAUCAGAAGAGAAAAUGGCUCUGAAGAAAGAGAAAGUAAACAAAACAAUCUUACAAAAGUGAAUCAACUUUCUGAGAUCUUCAAAGAUGUGAAAGGAAAGAAAACUAGAACAGUGAUGACCAUUGGAGAAGCUUUCACAGGCAAAUCUUUUCAUAUGAAAAAAAUUAUAAGAGAAUGGUCUAAAAUGGAAAAUGAGAAAAGGUCAUUUUUCACCUGGAUCACAAGUCAAUUCUCUAGCCAGGCAAAACCUGCAGAACUUUUGUUUCUUAUUAACUUCUCAAUACUCAACUCGAUAAAAAUGAAUAUCAGUUUCUUUGAGCUUCUUAAUCACUUCUACAAGGAGACCAAAGAUAUCAUCAUCUCUGACUAUUGCCAGUUAAAUAUUUUAUUUCUCUUGGAUGGACUUGAUGAAUACCAACAUUGUUUAGACUUUGAAAACAAUGAAAUCUUGACUGAUGUCAGAGAACAAACAUCAGUCAAUGUGUUACUAACAAACCUUAUCAGAGGAAACCUGCUGCCAGAGGCCCAGAUCUGGAUAACGUCUCAGCCUCCAGCUGAUGAGAAAAUCCCUGAUGGUUUCAUUGACAGACUGACAGAAAUACGAGAGAAGCCUGAUAUCACAAGUCAAAGAAAACUCAAAAGUCAACUAAAAGAUCAAUUCACCAGUGUGUCUGAAGGGAUUGAUGGACAGAAGACCUCAGCUCUUCUCAAAGAGGUUUUCACUGACCUCUACAUCACAGAAGGAGAGCGUGCUCAGAAUGAAGCCAUGCAGAUUCAGGAUGCAAAUUUCAAGACGACAAAUGAAGAAACAUCUAUUAAAUACUGUAACAUCUUCAAACCUGCAAAUAGUGAUCAAAACAUUAAGACUGUGCUCACCGUUGGAGUGGCAGGAAUAGGAAAAACAUUUGCCUCAAUGAAGUACAUACUUGACUGCGCAGAGAGCAAAGUGACAGAAAACAUUUUUUUCAUUUUUCCACUUCCAUUCCGAGAGCUAAAUCUGAGAGCAGAUAAAGAAUGCAGUCUAGAAGAUCUGAUUCAUCAGUUCUUCCCAGCAAUGAGGACUUCUGAAAUAACUGAUUAUGACAAAUACAAGAUUCUGAUUGUUCUGGAUGGUUUUGAUGAAUGUCGUCUUGAUCUUGAGUUCAAUGAAACAAAUAAAUUGCGUGAUGUCACAACAUCAACCUCGAUAAAUCGUCUGUUGUCAAAUCUUAUACUGGGAAAUUUGCUCCCUAAAGCUCAAAUCUGGAUCACUUCUCAACCUGCAGCAUCCAACAACAUUCCUCCAGAAAAAGUUGAUCGAAUGACAGAAGUGAGAGGAUUUAAUGAUGAGCAAAAGGAAAAAUAUUUCAUGAAACGAUUCAGUGAUGAGAAGGUGGCUGAAAAAAUCUUGUCAUAUGUGAAGAAAUCAAGAAUUCUUUACAUAAUGUGUCACAUUCCUAUUUUCUGUUUCAUCACAUCAAAGGUUUUGGAGGACUUUGUUGAAAGAAACAAAAAUGAUGGACUGACAAGAAACAAAGUUUAUAGACUGCCAAGAAACAAAAAUGAUAGACUGCCAAGAAAUCAAGAUGAUGGACUGCCAAAAACUCUGACUGACAUGUACACACAUUUCCUUUUGCUUCAGCGCAGACAAACAAAAGCAAAAUACAACACAGAUCAGUCAACCUCUGAAACCUCUGGAACAGAAACAUCUUGUGAUAAAACUAAUGAUGAAACAAUCAUGUCUUUGGGGAAACUUGCUUUCAAAGGGCUGAAGGAGAAAAACCUUCUCUUUAGUGAGGAAGACUUGACCAGUUGUGGGACUGAUGUAACCAAAGCUGCUGUUUUCUCUGGGUUGUUAACUCAGAUCAAAAGAGAAAAUCACGAGCUUUACCCUCAGAAGCUGUUUUGCUUUGUCCAUAAAAGCAUUCAAGAGUACAUGGCAGCUCUCCAUGUCUUCCACUCAUUUAAUAGCAAAGGGGAAAAUGUGUUCAUAGAACCAACUUCAGCAUCCUCAGACCCAAUUGCCUCAGAGUUUUAUAAGAAUGCAGUGGACAUGGCUUUUGAGAAUGAACAUGGGGACUGGGACAUGUUCCUUCGCUUCCUACUGGGUCUCUCUGUGGAAUCUAAUCAGGAUUUACUUCAAGAUCUGAUUGAUAAGAGUGAAAAACACAAAGAUGCUAGUAAGGAAGCAGCAGAGUACAUCAAGAAGAAGAUCAAAGAGAACAGUGACCCAGAGAAAAACCUUAAUCUUUUCUACUGUCUUGAUGAGCUGAAUGACCACAGCCUUGUUCAGGAAAUCCAAAAUUAUCUUAAAUCAGAAGAAAAACCUUUUGAAACUUUCACUGCUUCUCAGUGGUCAGCUUUAAUCUUUGUGCUGCUGACAUCAGAUCAAAACCUUGACGUGUUUGAUCUUAAGAAAUACCUGAAAUCAGAGAAAGUUCUUCUGGGAUUGAUGCCAGUGGUCAAAGUCUCAAACACUACUUUACUGAGUUGGUGUGAGCUCUCUGAAGAAUCUUGUGACGGUCUGACAUCAUCAGUGCUGACCAAACCAUCCUCAAACCUCACAGUGCUGGACAUGAGUCAUAAUGAUUUACUGGAUGCUGGAGUGAUGCGACUUGCUGAUGGGUUGAAACAUAUGAACUGUAAACUAGAGACUCUCAAGUUGGCAGGAUGUCAGGUGACAGAGAAAGGCUGCAUUUCUCUGGCUGAAGCUAUUGAGUCCCAUCAAAACUCAUCUCUUAAACACUUGGACCUGAGUUACAAUCAUCCUGGAGACAAUGGCAUGAGGGCUCUCAAUGCAAUAGUUGAGGAUCCAAGCAAGAAACUUGAGACAGUGAACUUCAACCAUGGAGGACAAUGUCGACUAAAACCUGGUUGGAGGAAAUAUGGUGUAAAUCUUAUGUUCGAUAAGAACUCAGCAAACAGACGGAUUGUUCUGAAUGAAAACAACAAAAAAGCGAAAACUAAUAAUGAUGUCAAGAAGUUGGAAAUGCGAAAUACAAGUGAUGAACGAUUCAGGAGGACCCAGGUAUUUUGUGAUAAAGGCCUGAAACGACUUUGUUACUGGGAAGUGGAAUGGAAAGGCGUGGUGGGAAUUGCUGUGGCAUAUAAAGAUGUGGGUAGAAGCUGGAACCGUGAUGGUGGUCUGGGAAGCAAUGACAAGUCCUGGAGUUUGCUCUGCUCCGAGACCAAGACUGCGACCAAGACCAAGACCGAGACCAAGACCGACACCAAGACCAAAACCGAGACCAAGAGCAAGACCGAGACCAAGACCAAGACCGAGACCAAGACCAAGACCAAGACGGAGAACGAGACCAAGACGGAGAGCGAGAACAAAACCGAGACCAAGACCGCGACCAAGAUGGAGACCAAAAUCAAGAACGAGAACAAGACUGGAUACAAAGCCUUGCAUAAAAACAGAAAAAAAGAAAUCAAAGUCCCUACAUGCAACAAAAUAGGUGUGUUUCUUGACUGGGAGGGAGGAACUCUAAGUUACUACAAUAUAACGUCAGAAGAGCGAAGCUUGAUUCAUACAUUCAAAGCAAAAUUCACAGCAGAGCUAUUUCCAGCCUUCUGGUUUGAGAAAGGUUCUGUGACUUUGUGUGACCUGUAGAUUUAUGAGUGCACAAGUUAAAAAGGCUGUAAGCACUUAGAGUGGUAUGAAAAGGUAUUUGCCCCUUCCUGAUUUCAUGUUUUUGUUGCAUAUUUGUUAAACUUCAAUAUUUCAGAACAUUAAACAAUUUACAUAUUAGUCAAAGACAACACAAUUAGACACAAAAUGGAGUUUAUAAAUGAAUGUGUUUAUUAUUAUGAGAGGAAAAAUUCCAGUGGUUUUCUUCUUGUGGUGUUUUUGCUGGCAUAUUUUAAAUAAGUAAUUUUCUAAUGGCAGAGGCGUGGCCUCUGACCUUAACUGAGAUAGUUUUUUGAAUGUUCUUGUGGCGUCUUUUUAAACUUUUUUAGGUACUUUUCAACUAGGUCGCCUCUAAUCAAUACAGUAUCAGAUUAAUUUUCCAUCAGCUUUCAGCCUAGCUGUUCUCAGAUUUUUAUACUUACGUCAGGGGUAGUACUAGCAGCAAGUAGGGUUUGGCACCUAAACAAUUUGAUUGACAGCUGACCACAUUGAUUCAUUGUCUCGUGAAUUAUUUCAUUGAAAACUCCCAAAACUAUUAUAGUUUAGCUGUGAACUGCAUACAUGGUGACUAUUAUCAGAGAGCUGCUUAGAAAGAAGUGUGUAAUUAUAACUUUAAUCACAAGCAUCAUCAGGAACUUGCAUUAAGUUUUGCAGCAGAAUGCAUGAUUUAGCAGCAUAUUGCUCUGAAGAACGGUAAUUAUAUUUAUAUGUAUCGCUAAAUAAUCAGCUGAUCAGAGUCUAGCAAUUAAUUUAUAUAAGACAAAAUUAAAUAUCUGGGUUUAUCUGAGUUAAUCAGAACCAGAACCUAGAAGUUCUCCAUCGCUGAGUUGCUGCUCACGUCCUGCCCACAGUUGUGAGGAACAGAGUGGAUAAUGGAAAACAUCACCUCCUGGGGUAAAACUGAACCACACAUUAAUCAGUGAAGGCUUAAAUUGCCAGUGGAAAAAAAAACACUUUUGAUGAGUCGUCGCCACACUGAUAGGGUAAUUUUAUUCAGCCAGCCAUUGCUGGGAAACUUCACAGCUGUUCAAUGUUUUUACUAUGUGAGGCUAAAGGCUUUUAAACACUGGAGAUUCACUGAACAAGAAAUGUGUUUUAUGUUUGUGGCGAAUGUGAGAACUAAAAUAAAAGUAGAUUCUAAAGCAUCUCUGAAGGCUAAGUAAAUUUAGACUGAAUAUUUUAUACUAUGUGAAACAUUUUUUCUGCUGGAUUUGUUAUUAUUUUAUAGACAGGAUUCUGUACUUUUACUUUAAACCAGUCAAAAGUUUUUAUUGUUUUUAUGUUUUUAUUAUUAAUUAAUUUGUAAUGCACAUUUUAAAUUUUUACAAAUACAAGCAUGUUAUUUAAACUAUUUGAUCAAAUUAAUGAUAUGUUAAUUGUACCUUUUUAUUCUUUGUUGACAACAAAUUUGCUGAUUGAUAAAAAUGACAUCUAGCUUUUUUCCCCUUUCCUUGAGAAAACAUGUAUUUUAUUAUUUUUCCCCCAAGACAUUUGUUAAAAUAUAUUUUUAACUUGUUCAGAGUUCAAUACAUUUAUUUUUACUAUAUUUUAACAUGAAGUAAUUUAAAAUCUUUGAAAAUAUAAACAUGUGCUGUAUAGUUAAUAAAUAA